AUGCCCUUGGGAUUCACUGCACAUGCUGACAGCCGAGGUGGCUAAAGCAGUAGCUUAGCAUGUUUACCUGCUGCCCGCUUUACUGACCUUCCGUUCGUUUCUAGCACUAAAAAUGUCAGGGAUUUUAUGUCGCAGCGCGUUGCAGCUGAUAUCGAGACCGACCAGCUGCGGGUCUGCUGGCGGUGGCGUCAGACGCAGUCACUGGUUUGCAUCGGUGCUUUCACUGAAGACAUCAGUGCCGUUAAGGGCAGAGCCAAAGAAAAAGAAGAAGGUUGACCCUCGGCGGGAGCUUAUAGCGAAAGAACGACUGAAGAAAAAGUUGAAGAAGCUGGAGAAAAUCCCACCUGAGCUCAUCCCUAUUGAAGACUUCAUAAUCCCAGCCAAGUGCUUUGAUGAGACCAGAGUCCGUAGUGCUUCUAAGCUGUCCUUUGAGGAGAGUGAGAGGAGGGCAAUGUUGCUUAAGGAGUGGUCCAGAUACAAACACUCCCAGCACCAGGGUGAGAAAGCAGCCAUUGAGGAGGCCUUAAAAGCUCAGACACAAGCGUUGGAGGAGCUGAAACUGGAAUCAGAGGAGCUCUACAAAGCAGCACUCAGCCCUGAUAAUGGUCUCUUCCCUUUCCAGCGCCAGGGUCCCUGCUAUACACCACCCAUUGCAAACUACGAGGCCCCUGAUGGCAAAUACAAUGACAUUACACGAGUGUACACGCAGUGAAGGAGUUCAGAGACUGCUGCCAUUACAGAUAAAACAUGCGAUGGAGCUGUGCGUCCAGUUGUUGGAGUCAUCUUGAUAGAUGCCGACAUGGAGCAGUAGUGCUGCUGCUCACCUGUGAGGUUCCCAACAGUGUUCAUUUAAGUUCAGUAGAGAUGGUGUGAAGGGACCAGUUUGAAAUAUUAGUCAGAUCUAAACAUUUGUCUGAUGAUACUUUUCCUUUAAGCAACUAAUACCAAUAUGAUUCCAAUAUCACUGCGCCUCCCUGCUUUAUUUCUCAAAUAAAUUCACCCAGUGAAACCGUCAAAGGUACCAAUAGAGACGGUCCACAACAACUUAGAAUAAAAUUGUGUUGCAUCGGCAUCCUACAUUUAAGUUAACAAUGGCAAAAAAUGCAUCGAAUCUGAUGUUUUCAAUUCCGAUUUGAGACGCUUUCAUAUGUGGUACUGAAAUCCGAUCUGCAGAAGUGCAACUGAACAGCCAGUAAACGUAGCCUUAGGUUCCCCCCAUUGCGAUGGAAGUUAACUGACUCAGUAAAUUAUUUCUCACACCAAAGCCUCAAUACUGCACUGAAAUUCACACUAGAUUUUUGUAAAUAAAAACAGUUAAAAAGA